CAACUUGUUCUUUCUCUCACUGCCAUCCCGGAUGUUAUUUCAUCCUGGGAAUCGAUGAGGUGCACCCGCUGACCCGCAGCAUAGCGAGACCUUGUCACGAUCACCAAUCCAAGAAAUCCCAAAUGGUCCCCGAGAUGGUCCGGCGUUUUAUUCGGCAGUGGAAAUUCACUGAGGCUCCCCGCCGCCGGCUCAGCUGUGAGCUCCGAGAAGCCGUGAUGUCAGAUCCUUGUUUUCUUUGGAGGGCUCCUCAUCAGCUGCAUUGUUUCCAGGAAAGCGCGGGGGCUCUUCUCGGGGGCAACCCACAAGAAACCGCAACACCUACCGGGCCCGCGGCCUUCUCCUCUCUCUCGCUCUCUCUUGUGUGAAGGAAGAAAAAGAAGAUGAAGACUGGCGCUGAUGAGGUGUUGCAGAUGUCACACUCCCGAGGUUUGCUGUGAUUGAUGAAAACAUGAACAAAUGAGCUUUUCUAGGAAGCCUUGGAGGACCGCAGCGGACUCGAGGGGAAUCUUACUCAUGAAUAUGGCUGGAGAUUUAGUUCAGAGCGGGCCGCGUCGUCGGUGGCCGCCCGCUUGGCGCGCCAUUCACAAUUUUGCGCUCCGUAAUGAAGCCGCCGCCACCUUUGACCUGAUCCCGACCCCUAUUACAGCCGCCCCAAAGAGACAAAAUGACUCCAUUCAGUCGCCCUUUAAAAGAAGUAUGACAUUUGCGGGCGACCCUGAUGACGGCAUCUCCUCACGAGCCGUGACGCUCUCGGGCCGUCGGCCUAUAAAACGCCGGAGCGCAGGCCAGGUGGGCGCAUCAGCGUCCGAGCGGCAACAUGUCCUCCGUUCACCGCGUGCUUUUGGCUCUGCUGCUCCUCUCCAACCUGAGCCGGCGAGCGGUCACCGCCGCUACCGACGAUGAACUGAGUCCGCUGAUGGGGGACGAUAGCGUCCCUGCCACCGGCGCCCUCGGGACCAACUUGAUGUGGGACGUCGCGGAUGAAGACGGAGGCCCCAAAGUGCUCCUGCUGGCGGACAAGAGGCGGAGAGGAUUGCAUUUUCGAGGUCUCCACCGGCGACUUCCCGUGAUGGACGAGCCCCGCUGGAGCCAAAAUGCGGCGGCAGAGAGACUGGAGCGCAGGGACAACGAAAACGACAUUGACAUGUUGCGCUGCAUGAUCGGACGAGUGUACCGACCCUGCUGGGGAGCGUCGUGAGCGCCGGCCAUAAAGAGCACAAGUGUGUACAAUAAAAUAAAAGUUUAUUUCA